AUGUCGGCCGAGGAGAUGGUGCAGAUCCGCCUGGAGGACCGCUGCUACCCGGUGAGCAAGAGGAAGCUCAUCGAGCAGAGCGACUACUUCCGCGCCCUCUACCGCUCCGGCAUGCGCGAGGCCCUGAGCCAGGAGGCCGGCGGCCCCGAGGUGCAGCAGCUGCGCGGCCUCAGCGCCCCGGGCCUGCGCCUGGUGCUGGACUUCAUCAACGCCGGCGGGGCCCGCGAAGGCUGGCUCCUGGGCUCGCGGGCGGAGAAGGGCGGUGGGGUGGAGGAGGAAGAGGAGAUGGACGAGGUGAGCCUGCUGGCGGAGCUGGUGGAAGCGGCCUCCUUCCUUCAGGUCACGUCUCUGCUGCAGCUGCUGCUGUCCCAGGUGCGGCUCACCAACUGCCUGGAGCUGUACCGCCUGGCGCAGGUGUACGGGCUGCCCGACCUGCAGGAGGCCUGCCUGCGCUUCAUGGUCGUCCACUUCCACGAGGUCCUUUGCAAGCCCCAGUUCCACCUUCUGGGGGCUCCCCCUCAAGCCCCCGGCGAUGUCAGCCUGAAGCAGAGGCUGAGAGAGGCCCGGAUGACGGGGACUCCUGUCCUCGUGGCCCUGGGGGAUUUCUUGGGGGGACCCCUGGCUCCUCACCCCUACCAAGGGGAGCCCCCAUCCAUGCUGAGGUAUGAGGAGAUGACUGAACGUUGGUUCCCGCUGGCCAACAACCUUCCUCCCGACCUGGUGAAUGUCAGGGGUUACGGGUCCGCCAUCCUGGACAACUACCUCUUCAUAGUGGGCGGGUACAGGAUCACUAGCCAGGAGAUCUCGGCUGCGCACUCCUACAACCCCAGCACCAACGAGUGGCUCCAGGUGGCCUCCAUGAACCAGAAGAGGUCUAACUUCAAACUUGUGGCCGUCAAUUCAAAACUGUAUGCCAUUGGUGGGCAGGCCGUUUCUAAUGUUGAGUGUUACAAUCCUGAGCAGGAUGCGUGGAAUUUUGUGGCACCCCUACCAAAUCCUCUGGCUGAGUUCUCUGCGUGUGAGUGUAAGGGAAAAAUUUAUGUCAUUGGAGGAUAUACUACCAGAGACCGCAACAUGAACAUUUUGCAGUACUGCCCCUCUGCCGACAUCUGGACACUCUUUGAAACGUGUGACGUCCACAUUCGCAAGCAGCAGAUGGUGUCUGUUGAGGAGACCAUCUACAUCGUGGGGGGCUGUCUGCACGAACUGGGGCCCAACCGGAGGAGCAGCCAGAGCGAGGACAUGCUCACCGUGCAGUCCUACAACACUAUCACGCGGCAGUGGCUCUACCUCAAGGAGAACACGUCCAAAUCGGGUCUUAACUUGACUUGCGCCCUUCACAACGAUGGCAUCUAUAUCAUGAGCAGAGACGUUACCCUGUCAACCAGCCUGGAGCAUCGAGUUUUCCUGAAGUACAACAUCUUUUCAGAUAGUUGGGAAGCAUUCAGGCGUUUCCCAGCCUUUGGACAUAAUUUGCUGGUUUCCUCUCUUUAUCUGCCCAAUAAAACAGAAACAUGA